CGAGCGCGUCAAUUGCGGCGACAUUCAGUUGAUCGAGAGUAGUCGGACGGGAAGGAGCGCGACAUCGCGCGUUCCUCAAAAUGGCAGCACGAAAUCAACGCGCAGCGGGCUACCUCGCGUUCAUUUAUUUGAGCUGUUUGUUGAUGGCACGGGCACAAUCCAACCCCGUGAAUAUCCCGGUGAACCAAGUGCCGUUGACACUGUGGGAGAGGGCGUGGAGAGCCCUGAACGAGCACUCGCCGACGCAUCACCUUUACGCGCAAGGCAACCUGAUAAAUGCACAGGAAUUGGUGGAGCCGCCUUAUAAGGUAUACAAGUUCACGUAUAACCUGAGUCCGAUGUGUGGAGUCGAAUCUUCGAUCUCCGGGAGUCCGUGUCCCAAGGAAGCCUGCACCAUCGAUCUGAAGCAAGACGAGAACGGCGAGAUAGAGACGUUGAACGACUCCAUCCAGUGCAUGUACUUCUACCCGGCUGACGCGCAGAAUGAGGUGUCGCAGGAGCAGCAGGGUGAUCAAGGCACGAGCUACCAGGAGCAGGAUGAUUCUCAGGUGACGGAGAGUCUGGCCGAGCAGAUAAGCAGCAACCGAAGCGUCGAGCUGCGCCACGAGGUUCAGUUGACCGGCGACGAGAACGUCAGGCCGUUCAUCGCCAUGCGCGCCCCCAGCACCGGUUACUGUCCGGGCUGCCCGUACGAGCUGAACCCGCAGCUGAUGGGUCUCUUGCCGUUCUCGAAGCAGGCGCUGAAAUCGAUGGACGAGCAGCCUACGGGCGACUACAAGCACAAGUUGAUCAAGAUCGUGAAAGUCACCCGCUCGGUACCGGUCUCGUCCAACGUGAUACAGUAUCAGCUGCUGCUGCUGAUCGGCGAGUCCGAGUGUCUGAAGAACGCCUUGGAGCAAGACCAGUGUCCGUUACAGGCGGACGCCCCGGUGAGACUGUGUCUCGUCACGUUCGAGCAACAGCCAUGGCAACAGACAGGCCUGAAGAUCACCAAGAACAACUGCACGAGCUCGGAGAACACGUCCAGCCCGUCCCAGCAGCCGGACUUGGAGAGUCUGUCGCAGGUAACGAUCAAAUACGACGAAGGACAACCGUCGAAGGACGCCUACGAAGGGCUGAAGGAGAUACUGGACAAUUACACUCACGCGCCGACACCGUCGGAGACGAGCUCGGAGCCGAAGGAAAUCGCGGUGACGGAGCCGACGAUGAUGAAGGUGCUGUUGAACCGCAGCCAGGACGACGAGAAGAGCGAGGGCUUCUCCGACAAGAUGAAGGAAUACGGCGAAUUCUUGGAGGACUUCGACAUACCGGUGAAGCUGGGACACGCGACCCCGGACACGCGCGAUCCGGUGAAGGAGGAAGAGUUCCAACGGAAGAAGGUGCCGGCGGAGAACUUCAUGAUCGAGAAGGCGACCGAUCGGAACGUCGUCAACAGACAGAAACGAUCCACGGAAAGAAGGCUGGUAGGCGCGCCCUCGGUGAUCGCAAUCAACGACCCUGAUAUCCAACAUUACACCGAGAAAGCGUUGCGCAAAGUAUCACAGGAGUCGGACAGCCCGAACGAGCCGAUCAUAGUGGAGAUCGUAGAAGCGACCCGCCAGGUAGUCGCCGGCACACUCUACAAGAUCAAGACCAGGAUGGGCACCAGCGACUGCCUGAAGGGCACCAAAGGCAACUGCCAGUUGCAGGCUGGAAGCGAGGUGAAGGAUUGCUUGAUAACGAUAUGGUCACGGCCGUGGCUCAACGACGAGUCGAUAACGGUGCAGUGUCCGCCGCCGCAGGAGAGCCACAGGAGGAAACGGUCGCUGCGCGGCGCUAAUUACAACGAGAAGAUGCUGCGUAUCGCGGAGGACAUGAGGAGCGAACGGUUGUUCCGGAGCUUCAUGACCACGUACAAUCGGACGUACCCCACGGAGGAGGAGAAGAACCUCCGGCUCACUAUAUUCCGCGAGAACCUCGGUAUCGUACGUCUGCUGCGCAGGAACGAGCAGGGCAGCGGGCAAUACGGCAUCAACCAGUUCGCCGACGUAUCGACCGAGGAGUUUCGCGCGCUCUACUUGGGUCUGCGACCCGACCUGCACGCGGAGAACAACAUUCCUCUGCCGCAGGCAGAGAUCCCAGACGUGGAGCUGCCAGCCAGCUUCGACUGGCGCGAGAAAGGCGUCGUUACGCCGGUGAAGAAUCAGGGCGCGUGCGGCUCGUGCUGGGCUUUCUCGGUGACGGGCAACGUUGAAGGCCAAUACGCCAUCAAGCACAGCCAGCUGCUGUCGUUGUCGGAGCAGGAGCUGGUGGAUUGCGACGACCUGGACGAGGGCUGCAACGGCGGUUUGCCGGACAACGCUUACAGGGCGAUCGAGAAGCUGGGCGGCCUCGAGCUGGAGUCGGAUUACCCGUACGAAGCGGAGGACGAGAAGUGCCACUUCAAGAGGAACAUGGCCAAGGUGCAGUUGGCCUCGGCGGUGAACAUCACGUCGAACGAGACGCAAAUGGCGCAGUGGCUGGUGGCGAACGGGCCGAUAUCCAUCGGAAUCAACGCCAACGCCAUGCAGUUUUAUAUCGGCGGGGUGUCCCACCCCUUCAAGUUCCUCUGCAACCCUAAGAACCUAGACCACGGCGUGCUGAUCGUCGGAUACGGCACGAGCAAUUUUCCGCUUUUCCAUAAGAAACUGCCGUAUUGGAUCGUGAAGAACAGCUGGGGAGAGAGAUGGGGCGAGCAAGGAUACUACAGAGUUUACCGCGGAGACGGCACUUGCGGGCUCAACACGAUGGCCUCGAGUGCCAUGGUUGUUUAAUGCCGAGGUUGACUACAUAAAUAAGUUUUACAUGACAAUUAACUUAUAUAUUCGUUCUAAACGACGUUAUACAUAGAGAGAUUUUUUUACUAACUUAAUAUCGGCUGCGGGACGAUUUGUUUGCAAGUCUGCCGGAUGUUCGGCGCGUACGGUCGUACUGCGUUUCAUUUCCGUUGCCAAUGACUGUCGACGUCACGCGACUUCUAAUGGGAAAGAAACACGGCGUAGUAGCGUUCAACUUGGCGAAUGCUCGGCAAGCGUACGAAUCGUCUGGCAGCCUGUUAGUUAUGUACGUUGCGCAAGAGUUUAAUUUGUUAAAUUUCAUUUUCUGAGUGUAUUUAUACCGAACCAGAGAGAAAUGACGAUGAUCGUUUACGACAAUCCUAUUUGCUUGUUGACUCGCUCGAAAGGAGGUUCAAAGCAUGUUUUUGCAAAUGUUUAUAAAACAAUAUAUAUAUAUAUAUAUAUAUAUAUGUAUAUGUUAUAUAUAUAAUGUUGGAGCUAGAGCUACGAAAGAUGUUGAGUGUUGAGUAAAUUCCGCGGGAUAAAUUUUAAUCGCAUACAAAAAGUAAAACUUCCGCGACCUUUUAUUUUUUAGUUAAGUCCAGUAGAGACCAUCGGCCUUUGCGUUCGGGAUCUUACCAAGCUUCAAUUCUGCAUAGCACUAGGACGUAGGAUUUUAUAUGCGGCUUGCUGGUUCUCUCAAAAACCAAAGUGCAAGAGUUAAUUUCGGAAAUGAGGAACACGCGGGCACAAAGUAGGUGACCGCACUUUAUCAAACGUAAUAUAAAAAAAAGAUAACUAUGCGAAAUCUCAUGUCAAUUUAACAGUAAACAUAUUUGAAAAAUCUA